GACCCUCCUUGGUCAAGACGGGCCAUAUGAGCCUCUAUGAACUCCCGCCUCAAGAGCUUUGCUUCGGAAAACGCAAAUCAACUGCCAGCAUCAACCCCGACCCCUAUCAGCCAUCCAGCCAAACCCCGCCUCCUGGUGGUCCCGGAGGCGCCCCUCAAAUACCGCAGCAGCUGCCACUCCGCCCUGGCUCGAUCGCUUCUGCCUCUUCCGCCUCUCUCUCUCCCAUGAAUCAUCCCGGCGCUCCCAAUCGCCCUCCCAGCUACUCUGCCAACAACUACCCGCCCGGCGUCGCCCCUCCAGUCGGACGCACCAGUCCCUUGAACCAAGCUCAGACGCGCACCCCGCCUACCCAAAUGGUUGGCGGUCCUCCUCCCAUCAACACCGGCGCUCCCGCCGGUUACCCACCCCAGCUGCCUCCCGUCGGCGGCCAGGGACCUCCCAUGGGUGGUCCUCCCGGCUAUGGCGGCGGCGGUGGUUAUGGGCCUCCCCCGCCUCAGCAGCAGCAACAACAGGGACCCCCUCUCGGACAGCAAUACCCCCCGCGCCCCGUCCAAGGACCAGGCGCCAGCGAAGUCGAGGGCAGCAGCCGGAACAAGGCACAGCUGAUCGUUGGUAUUGAUUUUGGAACAACUUUCUCCGGCGUUGCCUUUGCCUUUGCCACGAACAACGAGGCGAAGGAAGAUAUCAUCACUGAGUGGCCGGGCGCAGGAUCGUACACCAAACAGAAGAUCCCCACCGUUCUCUACUAUGACCAGUAUCAGAAGGUCGUGGGCUGGGGUCCUGACAUCGCCGAUGCGCUUGCGCCAACGGGCUAUCCGAAGCCAGGUGUGCAAAAGGUUGAGUGGUUCAAGCUGCAGCUUAUGCUGUCCGGCAACACGCGAUGCGAUCUGCGCUACAAAAGACCCUCGGGCGAGGUCUUCAACCGCGAAGAGCGCAACAUUCGCUACUAUCUGACUGUGCCGGCCAUCUGGAACGAUGCUGGAAAGGCCGCGACGCGCGCUGCCGCCAUUCAAGCCGGCUUUCUGAGGGAUGAGAACGACAACAGAUUGACAUUAGUGUCUGAGCCCGAAGCUGCCGCCAUCUUCUGUUCCAAGACUGGUCUUCUGAACCUCAAGGUUCACGAUGCCGUCUUGAUCGUCGAUUGCGGCGGUGGCACUGUCGAUUUGAUCGCGUACGAAGUCGAGGAUGAGAACCCCUUCACCGUUGCCGAGUGCACAGCAGGCUCCGGUGACUCGUGCGGUUCGACGGCGCUGAACCGCAACUUCAGCAACAUCUUGCGCACCAAGAUCCGUAAGAUGAAGUUGCCCGACGGCUCCAAGACAGCAGGCCGUGUCUAUGCCAAAUGUAUCAUGGACUUCGAGAACAGGAUCAAGGCCGAUUUCCGCAACAACGGUCAGAAGUGGGCUGUCGAUGUCGGCAUCGAGGCUGAAUUCCCCGAGGCCGGUAUUGAAGAGGGAUACAUGACCUUCACCAACGAAGAGAUUCUUCAGUGUUUCGAGCCUGUCGUCAACCGCAUCUUGGAGCUCGUCAGGAAUCAAAUCAUUGCUAUUCAGGCCCAGAACCGGACACUGCAAAACAUUCUCGUCGUCGGUGGCUUCGGUGCUUCGGAAUAUCUCUUCCAACAGAUCCGCCUCCACGUGCCCCCGCAAUUCCAGUCCAAGGUCGUACGACCAAUGGACUCUGUCGCCGCCAUUGUCAAGGGCGCUGUCACGGCUGGCAUCACAGAGCGUGUUGUCACCCACCGUGUAGCGCGUCGCCACUAUCUCAUGGCAACACUACAGCCCUUCAAGGAGGGUUACCACCCUGAAGCAUACCGUGUUCCCUCCCUCGACGGCAAAGACCGAUGCAAAUUCACGCGCCAGAUCUUUGUGCAGAAGGGACAAAAGGUCAAGAUUGGUGAGCCAGUCAAGGUCUCCUUCUUCCGCCAGGUUGCACCAGGCGCCACACUCAUGUACGAGGAUAUCCUGUACGCCUGUGAUGAUGAUGUUUGUCCCGAGUACACCAAGGAUCCUCGUAUCAAGGAAGUUGUCACGCUCACCUCUGAUUUAUCGAGAAAGAACCUCGAGAAGGAUUUCGAGAGGAUGGACACACCACAGGGCACCUUCUACCGUGUCUAUUUCGAUAUUUACCUCACUCUCGACGGAUCGGAGUUCAGCGCUGAGUUGGUGUGCCAAGGUGAAGUCAUGGGACGAUGCCGCGCGCGCUUCCGAUAAAUGACGGUCGGCAGGCUGGGGUGACAGAUGAGGCUGUUGAGAAUGCAUGUUUCGUUUUUAAAACCGAUGAUACCUUGAAAAGAGGAAAUGGGCCUGGGCAUGACUGUCCUGGGAUGGAGCGGUAUAUACAUACAAAGGUGCUGACGGCUACUGCUCCAAGGGCGGGGCAAUCUUCAAGAGACGAUGAUGACAGAUGAUAAAGCUUUACAACACUUCAUGGUUUGAGAGAGCGAGCUGGAUCCAGCCAGCCUAUGGU